AUGCCGCCCCCAGCAAUGCACUGUACGUGCAAGACCGUCCUCAGUGGCGUCUUCGGCGCACCAAUAUCCCGUGCAGCAACAUUUCCGCCAUCCUUCUUAAUCCCCGCCAUAUCAGCACCUUUCUCUACCACAAGCAGCCAGCAGAAGCCUCCGCGUAAAGAUGGCAAUCCCAGGCGCGGAGUAUCCGCACUGUACAGGUCCGGUCUGAAUAAGACAAUGUGGAAAGCCAACUCUGUCAAAAACGUACCUCUCCCAAAGCCUGUCCUGGAUCCGGCUCGCAGAACACAAAUCGAGACGGACCCAGACCAUGGACUUUGGGAGUUUUUCCCGGCCAACAAGACGCUGAUGGCUACACCUGCGGAAAUGCAUGCUCAUGGACGAGCAUGGACGGUGCAGGAGCUGAGAGCGAAGGAUUGGGAUGAUUUGCAUCGGUUGUGGUGGGUGUGCAUCAAGGAGAGGAAUCGGCUGUUCACGUAUGAGGUGGAACGGAAGAGACUGGGGCCCAUGUACGGUGAUUACGAGAGUGGGGAGCGGAUGAAGGUGAUCAAGCACACGAUGAAGGCAAUCAAGCACACCCUGACGGAGCGAUGGUAUACGUGGGACAGUGCGCGAAGCGAGGCAAUGUUGGAUGAAGAGAUCAACAUGUAUGCUGAUGUGGACAAUGGCGAGAUUGCCUACCUGCGCAAGGAGGAUGAUCUUGUGGUCGAUGAGCAGCUCAGCGCUCCUGAGGGAAGCGAACAAGCGAUGCCACCUGCAGAUGUUCCGAAGAUGAGUACAGAGGCUCGAGCAUGA